AUGUCCACGGCUAUGAACCCCCUGCAGCGCCGCGGAAUCAACAAGCUCCCCCUCGAACUCUUAGUGAAUAUCUUCGACCUCGCCUCCACGUACCGCUUCCUCGACGAGGGACGAACCGUGCCGCCGUCGUACACGCUCUUUGAGCUCAGUCAUGUCUGCAGGACCUGGCGAACCGCCAUACGGGGUGCGCCCCAGCUGUGGACGAUCGUCUGUGGCAUAGAGCCGCCCGCGAUGAUACGCGAAAUCAUUACGCUGUCGCAGAAAAUGCCGCUUGCGAUCCUGAGUGUUGAGGAGGAGAGUGACGACGAGGGGGAUAAGGAGAACAGUGAAGAAGAGCACCGCGACGAAGAUGAUACUGAAGAAUGGCACGGCAUAGAAUACAACGAAGACGACGAUCAAGACGAAGAGUGGCAUGGGAUAGAGUGGGACGAUGAUGAAGAUAGUACCAAUAGGCUACCCGAAGAUAUCCAUGGGGACAGUGACGAUGAAAGCGACAAUGAAGGCGACGACGAGAGCGAUGACGGUGACGAAAAUGAGAGUGGACAUGACAGCGACGAAGACGACAUUGCAUUCGGAGUAACUACAAAAGACACAGCGGAGAUACUUCUCGCACAACUGCAUCGCAUCUCGGACAUCGAUAUUUUACUCGACAGCAACGACACACCUGGCUUACUCCCUCUUUUUGACGCCGAUGCCCCCCUUCUGGAAUUCCUCAGACUAUGCGUCGUGGGCGGGGAUGCGCCUGUUGUCAUAAAUCCCUUCAGAGGAACAGCACCGCCACGACUCACGAAGCUCGUGCUGAUGGGUGGAUGCGAGCUCAGCCUGUCAUCGUCCUUGUGGGCGAAUCUGACGCAACUGUAUCUGCACAGCGACACCUCUCAGCGCGAGCCGUACCAGACUGAUGGCGGCUUCGCGCUUUUUUCGCGGGCGCUCGCCCAGAUGUCUUCGUUGAGAGACCUUGAUAUGACCUUCGCUAUUCCCCCUGAUAUCUGCGACUUCGACCCAUUCGCCGUCCCCGCCAUCGACCUCCCGAGUCUGACCUCCCUCACCUUACGGGACAUGACCAGCAGAUGCAUCCUCUUCCUCCCUGCUCUUCACUGCCACCUCACCGAGCUUGACGUAGCCGCCGGCGAGGACGAUGACCACGCCGAGUACGCCGAAUACGAGAAUAACUACCACUAUCUGCUCCAGGUGUGCCGAGAGCACAUGGCCGCAGCGCUCACGCAGGACCCGCUGUCACUCGUCAAGCUGAAGCGGACGCCCUAUGGGUUCCUGAUGAAGGGGACCCGCUGGCGGGAGGGCGUCCCCGCACGCACCUCUGAGUAUGAACAUGACGAUCUGGUAAGGAUCGAACUCGUGCAUGGGAUGCCGGCGGGGACAUCGAUGGUGACUGAGGAACUGAUUACGCGCGCCAUAAACAUCGUCCCGCCGCGGGAAACUCAUACGCUGUUGGUCGAAUUAGAGGACAUAGAUGGGUUGGAUCUUCCCUUGGUCGCGUGGUACCUCGACGGGCUACCAGGUAUUCGAGUUGACACCAUUACGAUGAGUGGAUAUGAAGAAGAAUGGUGGCAUGCUCCCGAGGACGAACACUCCGUGGUCAGCGACUUCGCGGCACAAGGAGACGGAGAUCCACGCCUUUCGAAUCCAAAUACAGAAGGCGAUGGCUCACAAGAUGAGACCAAGUGA